AUGUCGACCUCGUCCACUCAGGACCGACCUUACACCAUGGAGCCUGGCGUUACAGCACCCAAGAAGACCAUCUGGCAGUCGAUUCGCGAGAAUCCCAAGGUUAUCUUUAUUGCUUUCUUUGCCUCAUUGGGAGGAUUCGAGUAUGGAUACCAACAGGGUGUCCUCGGACAAUCCCUCGUCAUGACCCGAUUCACACAGAACUUCCCCUCUGUCGUCGAAUCUUCAUCAGCCACAGGAUGGCUCACAUCCAUCCUCCAGCUAGGAGGUAUCCUGGGCUCCUUAUCCGCCGGAGUUUCCAGCGAGAUCAUCUCCCGAAAAUACACCAUGUUCAUCGCCUGCCUCUGGGUUGUCCUCGGCAGCUACCUCUACGUCGGCGCCACAGCCGGAAACCCUUCUCUUCUGUACGCCGGCAGAUUCUUCACUGGUGUCGGUGUCGGUCUUUUCAGCGGCGUAGGACCUUUGUACAACGCUGAGCUCUCUGCACCUGAGAUGCGAGGUCUGCUUGUUUCCUUCUAUCAGCUCGCUACCAUUCUGGGCAUUAUGCUUUCUUUCUGGGUUGGUUACGGCUGCAACUACAUCGGCGGAACCGGCGAUGGACAGUCCGAUCUCGCCUGGCGUCUACCUUCCAUCAUCCAGGGAAUCCCCGCUGCGAUCCUCGCGGUCGGCAUCUGGUGGAUGCCCUUCUCCCCCCGAUGGCUCGUCAAGGUUGACAGAGAUGAGGAAGCCAAGUCCACAUUGGCAUGGAUGCGAAAGCUCCCCGUCGACCACGACCUAAUCCAGAUUGAGUACCUCGAGAUCAAGGCCGAGGCUGUUUUCGAGCAAAAGGUUUUCGCCCGCGAUUUCCCUCAUCUUGCCGAGAAGAACAAGAACCGAUUCAGACAGCAGGUUGCUCAAUACGUCAUGUGCUUCAAGUCGAUGGACAACCUCAAGCGAGUCUGCACUGCUUGGCUUAUUAUGUUCUUCCAGCAAUGGUCUGGCAUUGACGCUAUCAUCUACUACGCUUCCAACGUCUUUAUCAGCCUAGGUCUCACUGGUGGAACCAUCGCCCUACUCGCUACAGGUGUCACAGGUGUCGUUUUCCUGAUCAGCACCAUUCCUGCUAUGCUGAUCAUUGAUCGCGUUGGUCGCAAGCCCCUCCUUCAGAUUGGAUCCAUCGUCAUGGGCGCCAGUAUGGUCACAGUCGGAAUUAUCGUCGCUAAGUACCGCCACGAUUGGCCUAACCACGUCGCUGCCGGCUGGUCUGCAGUUGCUCUCAUUUGGGUAUACAUCGCUGGCUUUGGUGCUACAUGGGGCCCCGUCUCCUGGACUCUCGUCUCCGAAAUCUUCCCCCUAUCGAUCCGCGCCAAGGGAGCUUCCAUCGGAGCAUCCAGCAACUGGGUCAACAACUUCGCCAUCGCCUUUUUCGUUCCUCCCAUGCUUGAGGCUUGGGCGUGGGGAACCUACAUCUUCUUUGCCGGUUUUCUCUUUGUUGGUAUCCUCUGGGUGUGGUUCUUCCUGCCCGAGACCAAGAAUGCUUCUCUCGAGGAGAUGGACCGUGUUUUCAAGAGCCGUGCUGGAGAGCAAGAUGCUGAGCUUCUUCGAGAGGCUCAGGCCGAGGUUGGCCUGCUUGGUGCCCCUGGACGACGACCUUCUUACGAGAAGGAGGGAAAGAAGCACGUUGAGGAGUUGUGA